CCUCUCCGAAGCGAUGACGUCAUCAUACACUCGCCUGUCACUUGGAGAGGAACUUGGGAGCCGCUCGUUUAUUCGUCGUAUUUGAGGACUUCUUCUAAGAACAAGAUGAGCAGCAUUUCAAGUUACCAGGAUGACAACAGCAUACCUCUGGUGGAUGAUGACCCAUCAGUGGUGCUGGAUGACGACCGCACUGCAGCAUCAGAGAUUUCAGACUCAACCCGUGGCCAGAGCCUAGAGUCAAUCCCUUCAGCCUAUACCAAUGGGUCCAACAGUCCCUUGCACAAUAGUUUAGAGCCAGACAUGUCACCAGAUGAACAGGAAGAGAAAGCGCGACUCAUAUCACAGGUGCUGGAGCUGCAGAACACACUUGAUGAUCUGUCCCAGCGAGUGGAUAGUGUUAAGGAGGAGAACCUGAAACUGCGAUCUGAAAACCAGGUCUUGGGACAGUACAUAGAAAAUCUCAUGUCAGCCUCUUCAGUAUUCCAGUCAACAUCACCCAAAACUAAGAAAAAUAAACAGUGGCGCCAGUUUGAAGCUUAAGAUUUCUACAGAUAAUUAUGGGAGGUUGGUGAAGGGCUACGUAACUUGUUACACCCAAGAUAAAUGAUCUGAACGCCUGCUUUAGCUUCGUGCAAGGUUGAUGCAUCACUGCUGAGCCCCAUCGCUGGUUAUUACAACUUUUUCCUUGAAAAUUUUCAAAGUGUUAGAGUGAGAAUUUGGUUUCCUGUGGAAAUUAUAUGUAUCACAAAUCUAUAUACGUGUAUAUAUAUAUAAUAUAUAUCAGUUGUUUUUUUUCUUCUUCUUUUUUCACAUUUUAGUGGAUCAGUUUGACUUAAUGUUCUUGAGAUGCCAGGAGUGAGUGAUUUUGAUAUAUAGGAAUAUUGCAAAAUAAUUCAUUAGAUGCUUGCACUUAUCAGCAGAGGAAUGAAUCUUUAGAAGGCAGGUAGACUUCAUACUUUACUUUCUCUCUAUCUCACCCUCCAGUUUUGAAAUGAAAAAAGUGGUAAGGUUAUUAUUGGCAGCACUCGUUGCCAACAUAUCAGUGGUUUUAUUGGUAAGGUUUUUUAAUGCUAGUCGUGGUAAGGAUUGCAUUGCAUGGUAAUGCACAAUAUUAUGAUUGUAUUCUUUAAGGGACAAGAAGUACCUUAAUGCAAUUUUUUGAGUUGAUUAAAGGAGGAUGCAGAAGAAAAAAUGAUAAAAUUAACUUUCCUGUCAUAGAAGAGACUGGGAGAUCUGAAAUUAAGUACCAUGAUAAUUAUAUUUACAUGUGUUAGUCAAAAGAAAUACUGCAUUUGUAUCACUUUAUAGUUUGUAGUUCUAGGAAUAUACUUGAUUUAUAUGCUGUGUUCCAUUAUGAUCAGAUUAUAGAUGUUACUUGUUUUACAGUAUUUGUUGAUCAAUUUGCGGUUUAUUAUUUUCUAUAUGUACCAUAAAUAUUAUGCAAUGAAAAAGAAAAAGAUAAAUAGAUGGGAUGUUGCAUUCAAGAUUAUUGUGAUAAAAAACUAAGAAAUUAAUUUGCUGCAGUGUCAAGAAAUGUUAUUUAUUUAUUUAUUUUUAUUAUUAUUAUUAUUAUUAUUAUUUUUUUUUUAUUAUUGUUUUUUUUUUUUUUUUUCAAAUUUUCUUUUUUUCUUUUUCAUGUCAGACUGAAAUUGUUAUAGAAUAUAUAUAUCUUUUUAACCACUUUGUCAAUCCUAUAAUGACAGAUUUAAACAUUUAUAUUCAUAGGAUGGAAACAGGAAAGAACAUUAUUGUAGAUAAUAGUAUUCCAUGUAUGAAGAUUUUUGUUAGCCUUGAAGAUAUUAAGAAACAUUUAAGGAAAAGGCAUCUCUUCCCUUGCUGAGAAAAUAAUCAGUUAAAGGCAAUAAAAGGCAAGACAGAUGAACUUGAACUGCUGAUUAUUAUGUAUGUAAGUGAUUUGUAUAUGAUAAAUAAAAAUUGUUUUCUUCAAAGGUUCAAAUCUUGUGUUCUAGUCGUUUUGAAACCAGAUUUUAGAUACUUCAGCAUUAACAUGAGUUGAGAUAGCAUUUUUGUUACAAAAGCAAGAUCUUUUAUAUACUCAUGUCAUUGUUUACAUUUGAGGUAAUACUUUGAAGUUUUUGUAUAAACCGUUCUGUAGAUUAUUUUGCUUAACAUUGUGCAUUUAUUGCCCUUACUUGGAAAUUAUUUUUAAUAUUAAUAAUGUAAAUUAACACAUUUAUAUUUUUACAUUUUUAGAUUCUUUACCGUGAUUCAGUUACUCUGAAGCAAGACAGUUACAAGUCAUAAUAGAUCUUAAAGGAACUAAAUGUCCAGUCUGAAUUAUGUAACCUAUGAAAAUCAUUGAAUAAUUAUUGUAUGUGAUAGCUUAUACUAUGUCAACCAAAGCCUGAAAUAUUCAAUAAAGAUGAUAAAGAUU